AUGCGAGCGUGUAUUCGCGGCCAAUUGCAUCCAUCUUAUUCAUACCGACUCCACGCCCUUGUAAGCCUCUCUUCUUGCUUCCACUUUGCAGGUCUUUGCGUCACCUUCCUUGAGCCCUGUGCCCUCUGUCAGAUGUACCAGCAGGCCGGAGAGGGCAUUUGCGCCAGCUGUAUCGUGCCAGGCGCGCCGAUGGUGCUGAGGACGCAGCAUCGCGAGCGAUACCAAAUUGAGGUGAGAUUUGCAUCAAGUCGUUUUGACAUGUCGCUUAAAGAGUGGCGCCCCCGAGGCAGGGACAAAGAGUUGCAGUAG